CAACCAAAACAACUGUGAUUUAUUAUGCGGAGCUUUGCGUGGUAGUUAUUUUGCAUAAUGUCGAAGGUACUAAUAAUCAGGCACCUUCCCACGGCGUUGACGCUUAAAGAAAAGGAGCAACUGUUAAAGCAUUUUGGCGCCGAAAAGGUUUGGGAGCCUUCUUCCAAAAGGAACUAUACUUUCGCCGCUUUUUCUUCCGAACACAUAGCUCAGCAGUCUCUAUACCGUCUGCAUCAACUCGAAAUAGCUAAUAGGAGGCUGGUUGUUGAGUAUUCAUUCGAGAAAGAACCAGCGACGCAAAAGAAAGACGAUGACGAACGUAGUUCACUCACUACAAAACAUGUAAAAGAAUUCCUUAGAAGGUUAAACGCUUGGAAUCCUUCAGUCGAUUUUUACCAGCCUCCUCUUAAUUAUAUAAAGUACAAAUACCCAGAUAUAUCCCCAAAAAUAAUUAUAAACAUUAUUCAUGCUUUAGUAUCACACAAACCACUGUAUGUUCAAACUUUACACUUAAUGAACAAAAUGUGUCUUCAAACACCUUUCAAUGAGAAUAGUAAAGCGAUGGACUACUUCAAGGAAACUUUUAGAGAGUUCUUCCUUGAUCAAAUAAUGGAAAUACCAGUUCCUGAUUUACCAGAGCAGCCUGAAAGUGAACCGGAAUCAGAAUUAUCAAGCGAUGAGACAGAGCGUGAAAAACAUCACCAACCAGCCGUGAGCAAGAGAAAACAUACUUUACCAGUGACUAGAAAGAGGCCAGCUGCAGUUCUAAAAACAGCUGUAUUACCUAAAGUUAAGAAAACAGUUGUCAGUCAAGAAGAAGUAUUUGAAAUGGUUGCACCAGUCGAGCCUAAAAAAAUAUCUUUAGUUGUUCAUCAAGAUGCAUUGCAGAAAGCAUCUGAGGAAACAGAAGUUGUCGGAGAACUUGGGAAGUUUCAGAAAGAGGAUGAACCUGUGGAGGAAGAAGCUCCUACGGAAGAACCAGAUCUACCUACUAUAACGAAGAAUGAAUUGCUACGUAACAGGAUAUCACGAAGCGACAUGAAAGUAAUGAAGGUGUUUAAGAACUAUCAUCCGGGACAGCCGUCAAUGAGGCUUUAUAUUAAGAAUUUAGCAAAGUCAGUAACUGAACAGGAGCUAAAGAGAAUUUACCGACGUUACAUUGAAGGUGUGUCAGAAGAAGAGCAGAUAGGGUUUGAUGUAAGAGUCAUGCAAGAGGGUAGAAUGAAGGGACAGGCAUUUGUGACAUUCCCUUCCGAGAGGAUGGCAGAGAAAGCUCUUAACGAGACUAAUGGAUAUAUGCUGAAAGAGAAACCUAUGGUUGUGCAGUUUGCAAGAGCUGCUAAUAAAACUGUUCAAUAAAAACUGGUUUU